AAUGUUCUCCUGCAUCAACUACGAGCGAGGCUGCCGAGGCCGCUGCAACGCCCAAGGCGGCCGUUGCGACAACUGCGUGCUCCUAAACCUUCGCACCGCCCGAACCACGAGCUCCAGCUCCGUAAACUCACGGCCUCAACCCACCUACUCCGCCCUGACCAGCUCGUUCGCCUCUCUUUCACAGAUCCAGCCAACAUCAAACGACGGUCGGUGACGAGUCGGCUCAGACAGUCCGGUCGGCUUGAAUCCUAGACACCUUAAAUACCACAUCUGAGAUGAUGGAGGGGAAACCCCUGACGACAUUACGAAUUGCAUAUGGACUUGGAAAUCGGCAGGCUAAACGAUGCAUCUCAAGAUUUAUUCAUUUUGUUCACAUCCGCCGCUCCAACAUUUCACUCGAACGAGCGUUCUGGUACCGGAACAUUCACGCGCUUUGCAACCUCCCUGGUUCCCUGCAUGUCAGGACGGAUACUCAAUUUUGAUACUCUUCUUGUACUGCAGAUUCCCUGUUAGCUCUUUUAUUGCUUCUCUGAUUCUCCUCUUUUGCAGAUUUCUCUUUCAUCCUACAAGACUUGAUUAUUUUCAGCGCAGGCGUACGGUGCAGGAUACUCUCAAGGGCCUUCAGGACACAGGUGUACGGGUCUCCAGAUAUCGCUCACCGCUUUAUCUUCUUUGAUCUUUUAGCAAUGCUUUACAUUUACU